CGGCCCUGGGCCCGGCACGGGACGGGGAAAGAUAACCGCAAAAUGCGGUGCUGAUAACCGCACGCAUAGGCGAGAUAACGAGACUAACAGUUGAGAUAGGGACGGAUAGAACGAGAUUACUCUAGAUCUUGGAGCUGAUCAGCUGAUCACAAGAAUAUUUCGUGGAUUUCAGACCACGAUCUAAACAUUAUCCUAGUUUUCAUCGAUACUCAAAUCAAAGAAUACGAUCAAGUGAAAUAGAAAUCAGAUUUUAACAGGGAUUCAUAGAAAUUGAGUUUUUAAGUCCUUCCGUCGUCUCCCAUGGUUGUGAUGGAGGGUGGGCGUGGUUUGAUGGAGAGUGGGCGUGGUUGGUAUGAAGGGCAGGAACUGCAGGGUUUAAACCACGCCUCCUCCUCCCCCCACCCUGGACUAAACCAACAGACAGAUAGUCCACACACACAUCAACAUUUACAGGAGCCAGAUACAGAUGGGUACUUCAAGGAGAGGGCGGAUACAGAUCCAUACUUCAAGUCGAAUACGGCGGCUAGCCAAUACUUUAGCCAGGCAGCUGCCUUGCAAUCAGCUUACGGAAAUAUGUCACAAGGAAGGUCGGGUGGAGAAGGUCAGAUAUCUAGUAGAUCACAGUUCUACUCUCCUCUUCAUUCAAUGGCUUGGGGAGCUUUCUCCAGCAGCUCCUCAGCAACAUCAGCAGCUUCUAAACCUUAUUCUUCAUUUGGAUAUCCUCCUACUCCACCUAAGGAAUCUCCAGUGUUAUCCUCUACACCUACCUCUCUACCUUUAGAUACUACUUUAUAUAAACCUGCAGAGGAUCAGUUGGUGGAUGGUGGAGAUGACGCCCAUGGCCAACUUGAUUUAAAACCAAGUACAGAACAUCUAAUGCAGAUGGGACUAGGAUAUAAUAGGAAAAUGCAUGACGGUCCGUCCUCCUACCCUGGUCCACCUGAGUCUCCGGCAAGCUCAGGUUACUAUGGUUACAAUGGAUCAGUAUACUCGAAUUAUAGUUCUUCAUUAUUCCAAUCAAAGUACACUGACUCCUCAAAAUCUAAAAAUAAACCUAUUGCUGAGGGUAGAGAGUGUGUGAACUGUGGUGCAACAUCUACUCCGUUAUGGAGACGGGAUGGAAAUGGUCACUAUCUUUGCAAUGCCUGCGGUCUUUAUUACAAAAUGAAUGGACAGAACAGACCUCUUAUCAAGCCCAAAAGAAGAUUGUCAUCAGCAAGACGGGAGGGCACAAGUUGUGCAAACUGUAAAACAACGACAACAACUUUAUGGAGAAGGAAUCAGAACGGUGAACCUGUCUGUAAUGCCUGUGGUCUAUACUUCAAACUACAUAAUGUCGAGAGACCCUUGACAAUGAAGAAGGACGGUAUACAGACAAGAAACAGGAAACUGUCCGCGAAAUCGAAGAAGAAGCGCGCCGGUAUGGCAGAUUUCUUUAGAACAGGUUUAGAUGGAAGAUGGGGGAUGGGAAUGGGAUACUUUAGUUCUCCGAUGUCCGGAUACUAUCAUCAGAUGGCUCCCAUGUCUGGCAUGGCGAGCCAGUUCAUGAGCCCUAGCACUAUGUAUAUGGGUGGUAUGACCGGGAUGGGAAUGAGUGGGAUGAGUGGUAUGACCGGUAUGAGUGGGAUGAGCGGAAUGAGUGGGAUGCAGAGUAAUGGAGGUUUGAAUCUUGCCUCACACUCACUCACGCACUCACAUUCUCCGUUCUCAUUAGGGAAUACUGGAGUACAGUCUAGUAUAGAAUCCUCAAUGAUCGGAGCUACACCCUGCUGAUCCAUGAUCGUAGAUACUCCCUGUUGAUUCAUGAUCGUUAUUACUCCCUGCUGAUCCAUGAUCGUUAUUACUCCCUGUUGAUUCAUGAUCGUUAUUACUCCCUGUUGAUUGAUGAUCGGUGAUGCUCACUGUUUAUCACUGAUCGUUGCUGUUGCUACUCUUUGUUGAUAAAUAUAAUGAUAGAAACAAUUACUUUGUUGAUCAGUUUACAAUGAUCGGAGCUAUAUAUUAGUAAUCAAUGAGCUACCACUAUUGAUCAAUAUAAUGUGGAUUGGUAACCCCAAAUGAACAAUGAUCAUAGCUGCGAUCAAUAUUAUCGUUGCUGUAAUUUUAGUACUCAGUGCAAUGAUAGAAAUUACACCGUGCCGAUAAAUGCAAUCAACAUCGAGGUACAAACCCGUCGAUCAAUGAUAGGACAACCAAGAAAAUAUUUCCCCUUCCAGAAAUUAAAAGAAUACAUAUUGAUGAUCAUUUUAAUUAAUAUUUUUUAUAAAAUCAUUCUGCAAUUUCUUUGCGUCUAACAAGGCAACACUACGUCAUUAAUGACACUCGACAUUAUAGUUAAAAUUACAAAGUUCUCAAAACGGCAAACACUUUUAAAUAAGUUAGCUUUAAAAAUAGCCAACUGGCUUUCAUUGUAAGGGUAUAUAUGACUGCCAUCUUUGUUUACAUAAUCAAAUCGGAAAAAUCAAAAUUCUCAAAUUCCAAAUGAGAUUUGUAAAUGAAGGAAUUAUCAAUGUGCUCUUAGUUUUCAUACCUUGUGAUUUAUCAAUGCUGUAGUCAAUUAUCCCCUGUGAAAGUACAGUGAGACCCAUAAAACUGUGCAAGAGGAAGACGACAUUUAAUCAAUCGUAUUUCCAGUAGUGAGUCAAUUUGUACCACUGCAAAAGUGCUGUGUUUCAUGAACUUGUUUUAGUCGUCUUCCUAUUUCACAGUUUUACGGGAUCACUAUAUAUUUUAGUAUGCAAAAUUUGCAACAAACUUGUUUAGCGACUGUGGUCGUCAAAAUAUAGUGGAAUAAAAUGACGACAAUUGCUCUUGAAACUUCUUUUGGGUUAAGAGUCGUUAGUUGCUUUCCAUUAUAUUUUAUGGACCACUGUAUUUGUUUCAAGUGACCGUUAUAAGUCUCUAUGUAUAGUCUAAUAUUCCUUUUGCAAUGCAAUUUUGAAAAAAAAAAUUAACGCUGUCUUUGACUCUAUCCUUUCAAACCAAUUUGACACUUUUUUGCAAAUUGUUUAACUAUGCCUGAACCCUACAGAUUGUUUGCAAUAUAUUGCAAUAAUAAACCCUGAAUAGUGAAUAUUCAGAGUUGGAAACUUUUGAAUGAAUGGAUCUAAUCUAAAUCGAUUCAAAUGUUAUUUCUAUCUAAAAGUUUCCAGCUUAUUCAGAAUAUUUAAUCCAAUGAUGUUUAAAGUGUUUAACCAAGUUUAGUUUAAAUAUUAUUAAUACUAGUAAUUAUUACAAUAUAUCUACCUUAUUUAUUUUGUAACU